GCUGGGAUCAGCCCGCAGGAUUUAGGAACCAAUCCCCAGGGCCAAGGAAAGGGUUGGCUUUACCCGUCGGACCCUCAGGCCUCUCAGCCCCGGCAUCCCAAAGCCAAUCACCAGAUUGGCACCCCCUUUGUAAAGAAGCGAGUCGGGGUGGACCGCGCCUACCCACUGAAACCCGUGUUCCACCGCAAGUCCCGUAGUACCGGCGCGGCCGGCGCGGAUGGGGACCAGACUGGCUGUGCCAGGGAGAGCCAGUGGCUUUCCUCCAGCGGCUUUGGGUCGAGGAGCCCAGGGCACCCAGCUGGCGUGGGCCCUGCUCUUGCUGCCACGCAGGCGCAGAGGGCCGGGGCAAAUCCACCUGGGCCGGAGCGGCUGCAGAUCCAAAGGCUAGAAGCUGCAGGGGAGAGCUUAGAGGAGGAAAUCCGAAGAAAGGAGACCCUCCUGAGGGAAAAGUUGAGGAAGACAGAGGAGGAGCUCAGGCGAAUCCAGAAGGAAAAGGGUCAGGCCUGGGGAAACGAAACCAGAGAGUCCGACACAAUGGCGCACUCUAGGAGAAGAGCCAAAGGUCACAGCGGCAGCACCAGCCUGUCCCAACUCCCCUCCUCUCCAGAAGUCAGCCCCCAAGAAGUGUCCAGCAGAGAGCACCUGAGAGAGGUGGAGACUUGGGGAGGGUCUCAAGAAAAUUCUAGUCCAUUCCAGGUCUCUGAUUAUGGGAUGCAGAGACUCAAAAGGGAAAGAUUGGUGGCAAGCAAUAGUAAGAUCCGAGACCAGGCCUCGGCGUUGUCCACAGAGACCUGUUCUCAGCCACCAGAAGCCCCGGGCAAUACUGCGUGGAGUGCCCCCAGCAAUUCCAGCCCACCCAAGGCACCCGGCUCCUCGGGCUCCAGCCGGUUCACUGAAGAGCCUGAACUGGGCGAGUGCUGCCACUGUGGGCGCAAGUUCCUCUUGCUCCGGCUGGAGCGACACUCCACCGUCUGUAGCAGGGUGCAGGGCUCCAAGAGGACAGUGUUCGACUCCACCCGAGCCCGGGCGAAGGGGACGGAACUGGAGCAGUACCUGACCUGGAAGGGACCAGCCUCCAUCAAGGCGGAGCCUCCUCAGAAGAGCAACUGGAGGCAGAAGCACGAAUCUUUUAUCCGGACCCUCCGGCAGGCUCGAGAGGUCCAACAGGUCAUUGCCAAAGGGGGAAACCCCUCCGACUUGCUCCACAUCUUGCCGGCUGAAAAUCCCGACUAUGUUCAGUGCCCUCACUGUAGCCGCCACUUUGCACCCAAAGUAGCCGAGCGACACAUCCCCAAAUGUAAGACCAUCAAGAACCGCCCCCCACCUCCAAGGAAGCACUACAGUUGAGCACCCCACCAGCAGGACCCUCCUCGAAGUUCAGAAGGCUCUACCCUUUUUCAGCAGCACGCAGCAGGCAAGCAAUUGGAUGGGAGCAGAGUCAAGACCUGGCCACCUUCCAGAUCGACUGCAGAGCCAGAAUCAGCCAGGACACCGUGGUUAAGCCACAGGAGGUGAAAGGUGUCUAGCUUCCCCCUCAAUGACUCCCCCACUCCCACGCCCAAGGCUGGUGCACCUUGUGGUAUUUCCCUAAGAUCCUAUGGGUACAGACACUUGCAGUAAAGCUCUCUUUUCACCAGCCUG